AUGAAGCUCCGACGAUCAUUACGGAUGCACAACCUGAAGCGACAGCGCGUUCGCAUGUCAUGGAACAAAUACAACCUCUACAACCUGACCAAGUUGAGGAUCGAGGAGUCCAGGCUGGGCGACCGCACAUUCUUCCAGCAGAAAUGGGCCGCAAAGGCCAUGACGAGAGCAUACCACGGCGAGCACAUCAAGGAGGGACAGUGGGAGCGCAUGUUCAGCCGCAAGAUCGAGUCGGUCGUCAAUAUGAACCCGCGGUACAUGGCUGAGAAUGACGGUUCUGAGCAAGCCACGGGGCGUGGAUCGGGCAAAAAGUACGACCCGGAUUGGCGUGCGAAGCAGGACGCCGCUGGUGAACGGGGCCCGAAUCCUUACGUGACCAACAUAAGGACCAACCGUCCAACUCCCUACAUGCAAAUGACUUAUGCGCCUAUGGAAAGGCGCUUAGACAUUGCCAUAUUCAGAGCCUUGUUUGCGAGCAGCGCAAGGCAGGCAAGGCAAUUCUGUGUUCACGGCUUCGUCAAGGUGAACGGGCAGCCGAUGAGGUACCCUGGCUACCUACUAAAUCCGGGCGACAUGUUUCAGGUUGACCCUGACCGCGUAAUGAUGGCAACGGGAGCAAAGAAGGGCAAUGUCCAGUUCUAUCUCGAACGACAGAAGAACGGUGCCAAGCGCGCAGGUUCCACCAAAGCAGGCAAUACCGAGGAGGGGGCCGAGGUUGCAGAGGAGGUUGCAGAGGAGGAUGCGGAGGCAGCGGCGGAGGAGACGUCAGACGCCGCUGCCGCCGUAGAGUCAACUGAACCAGAACCAGUGGACGAGGCCGCGGUCAUGAAGAAGAAUAAGGAGGACUUGAAGAAGCUUCUUGUAAGCGCCAAGGAGAUCCUCAGAACCAACUCGGGCAAAGACGUCGAGGCCAAGCGUAAGCAGAAGAUUCGGGCCUUCACCAAGGAGGCCAAAGAAGUCCUGGCCCGUACCGGACGCAAGAAUGCUUCUGCCGAAGGUUCUACCAUGCAGGUCGAGGAGCUUUCGAACCUGUUGUCGUCCCUUGCAGUCUCGCCUGCCGAAGCAAAGGAGGCAGAUGCCAAGGCAGCCUCCAGUUCCCCAUCAGACCCCAAUUCCUAUGAGGGACUUACCGACUCAGAAAAGCGUCGCUUCCACGAGAUCAUGCACGAGUAUAACGAGAACCCGGUCGACUUUUCCAAGCCUUAUUGGACUCCUUGGAAGCCGCGCAAGUGGCUUGCCCCCUUCGUUUUCAUCCCGCAGUAUCUCGAGGUCAACCAGAACGUCUGCUCAGCCGUCUAUCUCCGCCACCCAGUGGCCAGAGCGGGCCAGUCCGAGGUUCCAUCUCCCUUCCCUGAGUUUAUUGGCCAGCUUGCUUUCAACUGGUACCUGCGUAGGAGAUGA